AUUGAGGGUCCCCCAGAAGAAACGCAAGGAGCCCCUAGUAGCUUCUUGUUACUAGUAGUAAGGCCAGGAGCCCCUAGCGUCCUUGCUCCUAGUAGCGAUGCCAGGAGCGCCUAGUAGCUUCUUAAUGCUCUGGAGCUUUAGGACGUGCUUGCGACUUUUUUUCUGCCCUCAACGUGGCUCCAAAUGUGGCACGGCCUCACAGAGUGAGCCUAUGGCCGACGAGGAGCGGAUCCCAUGGCUCCGGGCUUUGGCACCGGAACACUUGCCUUUGGUGAGCAGAAGACGCCGCAGCGGCGGGUCAAGGAAUGGAGCCCAAUCGACCGCAUGCUUGCCGAGAAGGGAUCCAAGCGACGGUCAAAAACAGAAUUGCCACCAAUAAGUCCUUCACCUCCUCCAGUGACUACCACUGAGACACAGGUGCAGACGGACAGCUGGGUUGCUUUUCUGAAGGAGGCCCUCGCUAUAUCCCUCGUCCCAGAGCAGCAGAAGUACAAGGCUUUGCAGAGUGAGAUGGCAGCGGUACAGCUGCAGCUCAAAGAGAAGCAGGAAGAAGUAGCAGCAGUGCACCUGCAGCUCAAAGAAAAGCAAGACGAGAUAGAAAGCCAGCGAAGAAGAGCGGCUGAAGCUGAAAAUGCGCAUGCCGCUGAGCUGGCUCGGCUUGCUGCGGAGCAUUUUCGGCUCAUGGGAGAGAACAGCCAGCUCAUGGAGGAAAAGAAAUCCAUGGACGAGCUCAAAAAGACCUUUGAGAAGCAGAGGCUGUGCUGGGCACAAGAGCGUGAAGCCUUUGAGGCCGCACAGAAUCUUCUUCGAGCAGAGUUGCAGUCUGCCAGAACUGAAAUUGAUGAUGAGAAUGAGAAGUGGCGGAAGGAAGCCGUUGCUACGUCCCUCGUCCCAGAGCAGCAGAAAUACGACGCUUUGCAGAGUGAGAUGGCCGUGGCACAGCUGCAGCUCAAAGAGAAGCAGGAAGAAGUAGCAGCAGCACACCUGCAGCUCAAAGAAAAACAAGACGAGAUAGAAAGCCAGAGAAGAAGAGCGGCUGAAGCUGAAAAUGCGCAUACUGCAGAGCUGGCUAGGCUUAUGGGGGAGAACAGCCAAGCCGAAAAUGCGCAUGCUGCGGAGCUGGCUCGGCUCAUGGGGGAGAACAGCCAGUUCAUGGAGGAAAAGAAGUCCGUGGACAAGCUGAAAAAGACCUUUGAGAAUGAGAAGCUGUGCUGGGCACAAGAGCGUGAAGCCUGUGAGGCUGCACAGAAUCUUCUUCGAGCAGAGCUGCAGUCUGCCAGAACAGAUAUUCAUGAUGAGAGGUGGCAGAAGGAGGAGAUGGAGAAAGACCUCUCUUCACAGCUUGAGAUGGCCCGCAAAGCUCGGGAACUGUGCCGUGAAGAGGUGGACUCCUUGGAGGACCAGCUGCGACGGAGCCAGGAUGACAUGAGGUCUCUUCAAAAACGGAUGGCUGCCUUGAAAGAGGAACAUGCAGCCGUCACCAAGGAAAGAGAUGACCUUUUACAGCGACUUGAAGAUGAGCAGGCAGAAAUGAUUGCCCGCGUUGCUGCUGUGGAGGAACGGCUUUCCAAACGUGAGGGCAAGCACACACGGUGAAAGCUCCAAACCACAGCGCGUAGACAAUCAAGAUCUGAAAAGUCAAGUGCAGCAGAGAGGCUGUGAAAACUACCCCUUUUCUCCUUAUCUUCAGUCCAUAUUGAACCAAGUGAGUUAUUUUCUUUUUCACGCCUGCGCCACGAGAUUCAACUGUAUUGAUGAUCAAGUUUUCAAAAUCAACUUGGAUGAUG